AUGCAUUCCAUCAAGCUUCUAUCCGCCAUUGCGGCCCUCAGCAUCUCUGCGGUUUCCGGCGCCUCAACUUGCACAAAGGAUAUCAAGGUCACCGAGCCCACACCUGUCAUCGACUGCGAUGUCGUUGAUGCCGAUAUCAUUGUCGACAAGAGCGUCGAGGGUACCGUUCUUAUCGACGGCCCCAAGGAGAUCAAGGGAAACUUCCAGGCUAAGGGUGCCGGUAAGCUUCUGGGCAUCUCCAGCAACACCAUCACCACCAUUGGCGGCAAGUUCGAGCUCGAAAACCUCGAGAGCCUUAACACUCUCGGCUUUUCCUCCCUUAAGAGCCUGGGUACCCUCAGCUUCAUCAAGCUUCCCCGUCUCGGAGAGCUCAGUUUCGGUACCGCAGGUGUUACUAAGAUUAAGAACAUUCGAAUUACCGAUACCUUCAUCAGCGAUCUCAGCGGUCUUAAAGUCACCAGCGUCGAGAGCUUCCAGAUCGACAACAACCGAAAGAUGAACACUUUCAACUCUGAUCUCGUCAACGUCACUUCUGAGUUGUUGAUCUUCGACAACGGCAAUGACGUGAUGGAAAUCACCAUGAACAAGCUCGAGACUGCUGCUGAGAUCCAAAUCUCCAGCGCCAAGUCAUUCAUGGUCCCUGCCCUUACCGAGGUCACCAAGAGCUUGAAGCUUAACGCCAACCCCUCUCUCAAGUCAUUCUCUGCCCCUAAUCUGACCACUAUCACCGAGACCCUCUCUCUCGUCGACAUGAACAAGCUUACCAACGUCUCUUUCCCCGUUCUUGAGGAGAUCGGUGGUGGUUUCAACAUCCAGAACAACAGCAAGCUUGUGUCUAUUGAUGAUUUCCCCGAGCUCGAGAAGGUUACUGGCGGUGUCGAUCUCCGAGGAAACUUCGAGAAGGUUGAACUCCCCAAGCUCGACCAAGUUAGCGGCAGUGUCGUUGUUACUUCUACCACUGAUAUCGCGGAUUUCUGCAAGUUCUUCAACGACCUUAAGGAUGACAAGAAGAUCGACGGCAAGGAACAGUGUACCUCCAACAACAAGAAGGCCAACGAGGGCAAGGACGGUGGUGAUGCGACCGAAGGUUCUUCCGAGAGCAGCGACAGUGAUGAUGACAGCGCUGCUGGCAUGGUCAGCAUCAACAUGGCUGUCCUCGCUCUUGCAGGUGUUGCUGCCGUCGCUCAGCUUUUCUAA